AUGGCCAUCCACACCAUUACAAGUCUAGAUGAAUACCACAAGCUUGCCAAGAGUCACGACAAGAUUAUAAUUCGGUUCACGGAGGAGUGUAAUGGUCCCUGUAAAACGAUUGCCCCCCUCUAUGAAAAGUUAUCUGAGACACAUAAAGAUAUCUUUUUCCUUAGUGUCAAUGUGGACAAAUGUAAGGACGUAGCAACUGAAUUUAAGAUCAACUCGAUGCCAACAUAUUUUGCUGUUAAGACUAGAAAAAUUGAUAAAGUCUUGGUCGGAGCGAAUUUUUACGGCUUAACUAAACUUGUUGCGAGCUUCAAAUAA